CGGGGCCCGAUUUCGUAUAAGAGGGGAAAUUGUUAAGAUAUAAAACACAUAAAAGGAAACGAUAUAAGGGGAACCAUCUAGGAGACGAGGAAUCCUAAGUCUAGGGGCAGAGAAUCUCUGCUAGAAGGUGGGUGAAUUCUCUACAUUAUGUGUGUGUAGUCGCAUCUACUCUCAUACACGUUAUCCGCAGAGGCGUCCGUCCUCAGUCUCAUCACAAGUCGUUCAUACUUGAUCCAUCCCACUCUACAAAGGUUACAACACUCGCAGGUCUCAUCCUCUUUUUCAUCAUGGAAUCUCCGACGCCUCAUACAUCGACGGACUCGAUCUCCAACUCAAUCAUCUCGCCAACGACAAGGACGGGGCUCGUCCUCCUCCUGGUCGCCCUGUACGCCCUGUACCGCGCCCUCCUCCCGAAAACCCUCCCGGGAAUCCCGUACAAUGAAUCCGCGGCACAGUCCAUCCUAGGCGACCUGCCCUCAAUGCUGCGCACCAUCAAAUCCGGCAGCGUAAUGGAAUGGUUCGUCGCAGAGGCCCGCAAGCACAACGCGCCGCUCUGCCAGGUCCUGCAGCCCUUUGGCGGAAAGCCCUUCCUCCUGCUCUCCGACUCCCGCGAGGCCCAGGACCUGCUCCUGCGCCAGGCUAAAGCCUGGGACAGGUCGGACUGGUCCAUCGCCAUCCUGGGCGGCUUGCUGCCGUACCAUCACAUCAACCUCAAGACCGACGCCGCGUGGAAGUCACAUCGCCGCCUGCUGCAGGACCUCAUGACGCCGGGCUUCCUGCAUGGCGUCGCGGCGCCGAAUAUCUACGGGAGCGCCAUGCGGCUCGUCGAGCUCUGGCGCGUUCGCGCGAGGGCCGCCGACGGGAGGCCCUUUGAGGCCGUGACGGACGUUUACUACGCCGCCCUGGAUGCCGUGUUCGAGUUUAGCUUUGCCGACAGCUUCCCGCACCGCGCGCUCGUGCCUCAGCUCCAUUUGGCCCGGGGGAUGGAGGAUGGAGAGGUGAGGAGGCUUCGGGAGGAGGCGGACCGUCGCGGCAGACGUCAAAGUCACGGUACCACCAGCAGCACCGCUGUCCAGGAUGCGGUGGUUGAAUUUCCCGUGGCACCGCUGCACGAGUCGGUCAGGGGUACGAUGCGGGCGUCGGAAAUUAUCGGUGAUAUUGGCCAGGCGCCUGAGCCUACUUUGGCCUGGUGGUGGAAGAGUCUCCUGCCGGAGGAGCGGAGGCAUCGCCGCGCCCGGAACGCUUUCCUGGAGGAGGAGGUGCGGAAGGCGGUCGAGCGGCAUCGGGAGGCGCAGGGGCAGGCCCGCGGCUCCCAGGAGGCAGAGAAGGAUAGGAACGAUAACUGGUUCAAGGGUGCCGUCGACCUGAUGAUCGAUCGCGAGACCAAGUUUGCCGAGAAAGAGGGCAGGGAUCCCGUGUACUGGUCUCCUGUCAUGCGAGACGAGGUCCUCGGCUUCGUGAUCGCAGGCCACGACACAAGCAGCACCACCCUCCUUUGGGGCCUGAAGUUCCUGACGGACCACCCCGGUGUCCGAUCCACCCUCCGCGAUGCCCUGCGCACUUCUCACGCCGCAGCCGCCCGAGACCGUCGAGCGCCGUCGGCGGAGGAGAUCGCCCGCACUAAUAAGGUUGCCUACCUGGACGCGGUGGUCGAGGAGAUCCUCCGCUGCGGGUGCACUGUUCCCCUUCUCGAACGCCAGGCCACCACCGACACCACGCUCCUCGGCCACUUCAUCCCGCGCGGCACCACCAUCCUGGUCCCCAUCUGGGGCCCCUCCAUGUCCGAACCGGCGUGUGACGUCGACGAAGCCCUGCGGAGCCCGACUUCCCAGGCGGCUGGCGCCAAGGGGCGAGGCGGCCCGAAGACGUGGGACGAGGAAGGGAUGGACCAGUUCCGCCCGGAGCGGUGGCUCGCGACGGAUGGCGAGACGGGGGACACUGUUUUCGACUCUGCGGCUGGUCCGAUGCUCACGUUUGGGUUGGGCAUGCGCGGCUGCUUUGGCCGUCGAUUGGCCUACCUUGAACUGAAGAUCAUGAUCACCUUGAUUGUGUGGCAUUUUGAGCUGUUGCCUUGCGCUGAACAGCUCUCGGGGUAUGCUGCGUAUGAUGAACUUACGAGGAAGCCUCGACAGUGUUUUGUCAGGUUGAAGGAGACUGAAAUGUGGUACGAGUGAAUGGGAUGGACUUUGCUCGAGAUGUAACAAGAAUGGUUGAAACGGACGAGACUGAACCGUGGCCUUGGCUGUACCCUUACCGUACGAUGAACACCCUUUAGGAAUCAUAGUAAUAAUCGAAUGGCGACCAUGUUUG